AUGGCGAUGCAGAAUUCAAACCCCACAAUCCUCAGCAAGGCAGACCUCCCAACCCGCCAACAGAAAUCCCGCCACUCCGCCGCAAACUCAGCGUCACAAUAUGCCAGCGAAAUAUUUGGCCAUGAUCUCCUAGCGGUUCCCUUCCACGACCCCUUUGCCGCAAGCUAUGUUAACGGCAGCUCAUCUGGAUCCGAAAGCGAAGAUGAUGAUUUGAUGGAAGAGCCCAUUGACGAGCAAGAAAUAUACGACCUCAUCGCCACAAUCGCCGACCCAGAACACCCCAUAUCCCUCGGCGCCCUAGCCGUCGUCUCCCUUCCCGACAUCUCCAUCCAGCACUCCCUCCCCAGCAACCCUGACUCCCCGCUCCGCACCGUUUCCGUCCUGAUAACACCUACAAUAACCCACUGCUCCCUUGCCACAGUGAUCGGGCUAGGUGUGCGUGUGCGGCUGGAGCAGUCGUUGCCCCCGCGCUUCCGCGUUGAUGUGCGUAUCAAGGAGGGCACGCAUAGUACGGCAGACGAGGUGAAUAAGCAGCUUGCGGAUAAGGAGCGGGUUGCGGCUGCGUUGGAGAAUGGGACGCUUAUGGGGGUUAUUGGGAAGAUGUUGGAGACGUGUCAGUGA